AUGUCGUCGGAGAGGUCAUCCUACAAGAAAUGGGUAGAGUUGCGCGAAGCCUUCCGGCGGAAGCACAAGGGCGUCCUCACGGGGGCGGCGGAAGACAUGCGCUUGCAGCUACCUCGCAGGGCCAUGGAGGAGGAGGGCCUGGAGUGCGCCGUUUGGCCGCACCUGUACCCGCGCACGAACAUGUGCGAGACGCACGUGCGCCUGUCAGACGUGCGGAGGCAGGAGAAACAGAAGCGGCGGAGACAGGGCAGUUCCUCGGAAUCUAGUGACAGCGGAUCCAACGCAGACGAGCAGAGCACCGACGGCGAGGCCGCUGGACCUCGUGACCCAGGUGACUUUGCCAAGAAGCAGAGGAACUCGGCGAAGGCGUCAUUCUUGGCAAAGGUGUUGGGGCCAGUCAUUGGCUACGGAUCGGACACGGACCUCGUCCAGUUUGUGUACGACCUGUGGUUGUGGUCGUCACUGGGGAGCAAGCGCAACGCUCUCGCAGGUCAGAUGCCAAUGAGACUGGCGGCGGGAGGGCAUAGUUUUACACCGGCGUACUGCAAGCUGCGGCACGACGCCCUGAUAGACGCGGUCAAGCAGCUCGGUUUGCCGUCGCUGUUCAUCGCGGUGUCGCCCUAUGAAUGGUCCUUCCCGUACGCCCGGUGGGUGGAGGACGAGAUGAGGAAGGAGCUGCGAUCGAAGACCCACCUGCCCGUUGCGGAGACGCUGCGCAUUGCGCACGUGCUGGGGCAAACCGUUGAGGGGUUCUUGACUGGCGCGAACAAUGCGAAGAAGAAGAGCAACAAAAAUAAUAAGAAAGGCUGGGAGAAACACGUGUUCGGCGCGAGCGACGGAAGCGGCAAGAACACGGUGCGGGUUCACUUCGCUAGGGCAGAGUUCCAGGACGGGAAGCGCAAGCGUUACGUUGGGGAGCACGAGGCGGCCAGCCAGUUCUAUCACGGGCGCGGGACGGUGCACGUGCAUCUUCUCGUCUGGCUCGAAAACGAAGCCUCGAUUGGUCUGGAGGAGGCCAUCGCUGCGACGUCCCCGAUUGACAAUCCGGAGCUCAAGUCCUUGGUGGAAGGCUCCCAGAGGUCGCACACGGGAAGUGGAUGGCCUGUGCGCGAGGCACCUUCAAUGUUCGACGAGGAUGCGCGGGCGCUGCGCUUGCAUCGUACGAAGGCGGACCACAUGAAACGCAACAAGAAGGGCGAGCUGGAGGGCGUCCGAGCAUACAUCAAGGACGUUCUGAGCGCCCUGUAUUGCCACGUGGACGUCUUGGGGGCGGACGACAAGGCGGGCAUGUUGCUUAGGUACGUGACGCCGUACGUCCCCAAGUUCUCCGAUUCGUUCUGUGAUGAGUGGCUCGCGGACCAGGCCAGCGACUACUCCAUUGCGAGGAGAGUGCUCACGGACUACCAUCCGCUGGAGCCGGAGAUGGCGGAGCUGCCUGGCAUAGUCCGGGAGUACAUGUCCUCGACGUGGCGCGGGAGGCAAAUGUCUCUCAUGGAGUACCUGAGGAAGGCGAACGCGGACGGCAACAUCCAGCAGUGGAUACGUCGGGAGCACAAGAAGCACUUGGAGAAGGCGAACGAGGGAUCCGCAGAGCGAGUGGACGACCUAGAGGAGUUCGCCCGACAGGUGCAGCCGAAGGGAGACACGCUGAUCGCGGCAAGUUACUUGUCCCGGUACGGCGACAGGUACUACGGGCAGUGGGUGCUGCUCCACGUGCCGUUCCGGUCCGUGGACGAUCUCUGGCGCACAGAGCUGGACCGCGUGCCCGAACAUCUUCGGUACCAGGCCUUGGCGUUCUUGCACCGCCCAGAGAUGUGGCGCCAAGCGGACCGCAUUCGGGAGACACUGGAGCUCGAGGCUUUCAGGGAGCACCACAUUGCAAACAUCAUCGCUAUGCUGCAUGCGCACGCGGCGCUCAUCGACAAGUAUGUUGCAGGGGACAUUUCCAAGGACGAUUACGCCGUGGAGCACUACGAGCAAGGGGUCGAGGGCGACCGGGAGAUCUACGCCCCCACGCCGGAGCAGGCGAACGUCACGAACACGAUUGUGAACCGGGUGCGGGCCAACAUGGAGGCGAAGGCGACCACGGAGGACGAUUGGCGCGGAGGGAGUGGGAAGACGACGGACGUGGAGCACGCGGUGAACGACUGCGUCACCAACGGCGCACGAAUGUUCAUCGUUGCUCCCACAGGCCGGCUUGCCGCGACGUACCGCGCGAAGUAUCCUGAUCUGGAUGUGGACACGAUUCACGGUGCGUUCUUGCUGUUCAAGCCCGAGCAGCAGAUGCUGGAGCUCAUGAUCCCCUACGACCUGGUCAUCGUGGACGAGGUGGGGCAGUUGCCGCGGUGGGUGUAUGAGCGGCUCAUGACGCUGUGGCGGGCGGCCGAGAUGUACCCGACGUUUGUGUUUCUGGGGGAUUUUUUCCAAUUGCCCGGGGUGGAGCAGACGUCGGCGCGGGAUAGUCCACUGUGGCACAGCGCCUGCAUGCAGCGCUUGAAGUUGCGGGCAAUGAUUCGAUGCAAGUGCUUACUGCUCCGGAAGAAAUUUGAGAUUCUACGCGUUGCUAAACCCAGUGUGAAGCAAUUGCGGUUCAUCCUUCGAGGCCACAAAGCGCCGUCGGCGGAGUAUUACGACGAGAGUGCGGAAGGCCCGAGUCAGGAGACGGUCUCACGGAUUCUCGCGGAGACGCCGCACACGCUUUUCCUCACCGUGUCCAGGAAGGCGUGUGCCACGCUCAACGACUUUGCCGUGCAGAGUUUGUUCUCCGAGGACAUGCCCGUGGCCGUUCUCCCGGCGGACCCAGAGAGCAACGUGGAUAAUUACGACGGCGCGAAGUUCAUCGACGACAAGCCGCUGGCGACGCCCAUCUUCGCUGGCAUGAGAGUGGUCCUGACGAAGAACUUGAACAAGGCAGCUGGGUACGUGAACGGCAUGGGCGCGGAGUUUCUCGGGAUGGAGGGCGACGCCGUCUGCGUCCGGACCGAUCAAGGAAGAGUGGCUUCAGUGUAUCCAUGGACAUCAGAGAACCGCACCGUGCAUUAUCCUCUCAGGUUGGGAUAUGCGAGCACUCUGCACAAAGUGCAGGGGGCGACGCUUCAGCACAUCACCCUCUGGUUAGAUAUAGCAGGCAUGCCGGCCGCGGCGUACGUGGCUCUGUCCCGGGUCCGCCACGACGCCGAUUGGCGGAUC